GGGAUUUUUUGUGUGAGCCGUCAAGAAAGCGCUCCGUACUCUCUAGCGAAAAGACUCCCUUUCGGAAGACGUGCGCUUGCUCUUUGAGGCGGUGGGAUGCCGAGGAACAUGAUGUCGGACUUCUCAGGAAUGGUGUGCGAAAUUCCUCCGGAGGUUAAGUUUGGUAGCUUCGAAAAAACUCAUUGCCUGGAGAGUGGGAAAAGUCACCCGAGGCGAAGGAGUUCAACCUUGGAGGAGGAUGAGACCCUGAAAUAUCUAACCCACGAAGAAAAGGAUGUCCUCCUCUUCUUUGAAGAAACCAUUGAUGCUUUGGAAGAUGACUUGGAGGAACAAGCUCUCCAUGAUAGUGGCAUCCAUUGCCACUCUCCGAGGUCAACGGACGAGAACGUGUCCAGCCAUUCAGAGUCUGAAGAUAUCAUCGACUUGGUGCAGUCGGCUCAAGAUCACAUUCCUAGCGGGGUCACAGAACCAGUCCCAGGGGAGGCUUGGAAACUGGGCAACGCAAAGCUGGAGUUCAUUGAGCCGCCCGACGAGGAGGCCUGUGCCGACGCCCCUCCUCCUGUGCUACCAUCAGCACCUCCAUUGCCAGUCUACGAGGUGUUUCCUCCUCCGCCCCCAGUGCAGCACCCCAAACUCUUCCGCUCUAUCCCCACUCCUCUCGUUAUCGCCCAGAAAAUAUCGGAGAAGCAGGUGGAGGGGAGUUCUUCCUUGCCCGUUUCUCCAAAGGAAAGGAGGUCUUCCGAAAGGAGGAGCGCGCCCGCUUCUUCCCCCUUGCGUAACGGGGAGCGUUUCGUGCCCGUCAGACAAUCUGUGCCCCCCCCAGUCGCGCCCAAGCCCCAAAGGUUUCCGAGCAACAUCAGCAUCACCAACGCCACUGAAAGGGAGUUCAACAAGACCAUUUGGAAGGCGGCGGUCAACGUCCAAGAGCGCAAAGCUCAGGUGUUGGCAAACGUCAACGGUUCCUCCUUCCUAAUAAGUGAGCCGGAAGAGCGGUUUCAGAAGCAUGAACUCUUGGGUCACAGCAGGAGUGCGUCAUUAAGAGAUUUGCCGUCGGAGCAAGCGAGGCACGAGGCCUUGAGCAGGCUAGGACUGGUGGAAGAAAGCCUUGGUCAAAGCCAACUGGACCCGUCUCUAAAUGCUCCUGCAUCGAAGGAUGAAAAAACAGAAGAGGCGCAGGCCGUAUCGAAUGGCUGUCGAAACAUUCACGAGAUCUUAAAACGAGAAUCCACUCUGUUCCCGAGUGUGAGCAAAACGGUGACGUUCAAACCGGACGCUGACGUUGUGGACGGUAAGCCCGCUCGGCAGAACGUCGCUGAGAGGUUCUACAACCACCGGCAUCUGGACUUCAGCCUGGAUUUGAGGAGGAGGUCUGGCUCACUGCCAAGACCCACAGGACUGAGACCCCAAGGCAUAACGGUACAGUUCUCUGGCCGUGGGUCAACAGAAGAAGCUAGGAGGGAGGCGUUGCGGAAACUCGGGCUGCUCAAAGAGUAGCCGGAAGGAUGCUAAUGGGAUGGGGGAGAGCUUCUGCCCCAGUCGACUGUUUCCAUUGAGAUCAAAUGACAGUUCUGUUUCUCCUGCAGGCUAAGGAAAUAUGUACUUACCAGAACGCGCUUGUGUUUUCAUUGUGGAUUUCUUUUAUGAUGUUCAAUCGCGGUGCUUAUCGGAGCUGCCCGUGGGAUUUCGAAAAGACAAUUAGCUCAUAUGGCUGCAAUGAGCGGCAUCCUGCUAAAUGAAGUUUAAUUGUGCAGUAUUUGUGUGUCUGUAUAUGUGUAGAUGGCAAAUAUGUCUUGGGUGCAAUGGAGUUUCCUUGGACUCUUGCAGUCAUGAAGCCAAAAGCAGAAGAAAUGGUACUAAUGAAUUAUAUAGGGAUUAAUAUAUCUAUAUCUAUACGCGUACUGAAGAGGGUCAAUUAUAUAAUAAAGCUGCUAUCUCUGGUUGCCACAAACAUUUAACUCCACACAUGCACACACACACACACACACACACACACACACACACACACACACACACUCCCUUCUUCUGCAGACUAACUGGUGGGAGUAUAGUAACGUUUUCCAUGAUAUUUAAUAACUCCAAAAGUAUUGGAGAUAACUUGCCACUGUUCUGUUUUGAUUUGUCUAGGGCAGCCUUCCCCAACCUGAUAUCUUGCACGUUUUUGGACUACAAUUCCCAGCAUUCUUGACCAUUGGCCGUGCCGUCUAGGGCUGAUGGGAGUUGAAGUCCAAAAGAUCUGGGAGGCCCCAGGGUGGAGAAGGCUGGUAGAGGAGAAUGGCUUUCAUGUUAGUCUUGAGACAGGGCUGUGUUCUCUCAAAUCACUCAUAACGAACCUAAGAGCCCUGCUGGAUCAGUCCAAGGAUCUAUCCAGGCAGACAUUCUGUUUCCUUCAGUGGCCACCCAGAUGCCUUACGUGUGUCUGAGAACAUAUUUUGUCCAAAUGCACGCAAAACACAGCUGCUGUGUAGUAAACGCUACUAGACAUGGUUGCAUUCCUGUUCACUGGCUUCAUGGAACUGCGGACUGCGUGGGGUGGCUGUAUUAAAGCGCUGCCUUCCCUCAGUGCCCUCUUUUUGGGGUGCAGAUCCCAUCAGCCGCAGCCAGGAAUGCUGGGAGCUGUAGUCCAAAAAGCUUGGAGGGCACCAGGCUGUGAAAGGCUGGCUGGGAGCUGGCUUCCACUCGGUGUUGCCUCUGCACUAGGCACACCAUUGCAUCAGGUCUGGAGUAUUCUCUUCCCAUGCCUCCUCUUAAAGCAUCUGACUCCCCCCUUCCUGCCCCUCCAGUAGCAGAGCAGUAAGCCUAUAUACACCAAUUGCUGGGGUACAUGGGUGGGGGGGGUGCUGUUGCAUUGUGUCCUGCUUGCGGGUCCCUGGUCAACAGCUGGUUGGCCACUGUGUGAACAGAAUGCUGGUCUAGUUGGACCCUUGACCUGAUCCGCAGAGCUCUUCUGAUGUCCAUGGAGGCCUGCGAAAGAGCAGGUCACCAAAUGCCACAAGAAGUAAUGCCCUAGAAGAGCCACCCCCACCCCCACAAUUUGGAGUCCUCCUGAUGUCUUGGAGUACAACUCCUAGCAUUCCUCGUCAGUGGCCACACUGGCUUGGGCUGAUGGGUUUGAAGUCCAAAAUAUCUGCAGGGCAACAGGUUGGUGAAGGCUGUUCAAGAGGCGAGGCUGGCUUGCUAGCAGAGUAGGGCUGAAGUAGAGCCAGUACAAGAUUCCCAUCUGGCUGCUCUCGGCCCUUGCUCUCCUUUCGGGCUUCAGAUUCGGAUAAGUGAAGUUGCGCUGGAAGUAGGAACCCAAAGAAGGGGUCCUGUAAUGUAAGCAUAUCCCGCCUGAAGACCGGGUUCCCUGUCUAGGGUUCUUUAGAGAAAGUGUCUUGCAGGUGAUCAAUGCCGCAAACUGAUGCACCGUUCACCUGCAAUCCACAUGUGUGGCGUGGUGAUCAGACUGAGCUAAUAGUAGCUGCGCAGGUGCCAUCACGCCAAAACAACAAUAGUAGCUCCUGCAGAUAAAAAGGACCCUCCUUCGCUGCAGUGUGUAGUUCACGCUACUUCCAAUGCGACGAGCGCUCUAAGAAUCGCACCGGGAAAGCCGCUUCCGUGACAUCCUCCACCCCAUUCAUUGGAAACAGAGCUGCGUGUCGACUGGGAUGAUUAAAUUUGUCUAGAUCAGAAGAAACCAUAGGAACCAAUUAAAAUUUAACUGCUGGGAACCUUAUGUCAUUGUUGCUAGGUGGGUUUUUUUUUUAAAGUAUUACAUUGAGAAUGCUCUUGGUUAAAAAUAGCCGUGUACCCUAUUACUAGGCUGAUGGAUGUAAAAUCCAGGGAGCAUGAAAGUAACCCGUGCAGGGUUCAGCAUAUGAAACUAUUCUGUAUCAUCCUGUUUUUACCGGCCCUGCUACCUGUGACCCAUUGAAAUGGGGAAUGUAGAAAUUGAACCUGGGUCUCCCAGCAUGCAAAGCACGUACUCUACCAACUGAACUAUGGCCUCUCCCUGGUACAUUGGCCAGGAAUGUGAACACUGCAUUCAGUCACUAGCACAUAAGAUGAAUGAGACACAGGACCACAUGGGAACCUGCACAGGUAAGUCUUUUCCUGCACCCACAUGCCAUAGAAAUCAACUCUUUCAUUAGCGUACCACUAAGUUUUCUGUACCUACCUGAGAUGGCUUUUCUCUUGCUCUUACUGAACACAGUCAAAAUGAGUGUCUCCUUGCAACCAACACCUCCAAGGUAACUUGCUUAUCUCAAACAGAAAUGUGUUUAUGCAGAUGUGUUUUGAGCAAAACACUUGCAGCUGUGUUUCCAGUGUAGGCACUCCUUUUAGAAAUUAGAUUCGGAGAAAUAUCUAGCAAAAGCUACCUUUUCCCCAAAACUUUUUUUUUCUUCCCUCCCAUUAAAUCAACCAUUAGGUAAUUCUAAACCAAUUUGGAACCUGAAAGAUAACUUGAAAUGCCAGAAGUUAGUCCCAAAUGUCAGUUUUGCACCUCCUUAAGCCAAAUGACUUCUUUUUGCUUGAAUUUGAGGGUGUGUCUACGCUACAAACUCAAAACUGGUUUCAUAGUUCCUCCUUUUCAGAACGUCCUGGGAGGUGUUGUUUUGAACAGGAUGGGUGUGUGUGUAAGGACCUCUUAAUGGAAUUUCCAGCUGCCUCCCCACAGAUGAUAUUUCCCCGGGGUCCUUGGAGUGAAAGCUAUGGCAGUUAAAACUAGGAUAAAACCAACAUAGAUUUGUAAUAUAGAUAAGACCAACAGUUAAAUUGAACAUGUUUAUGUGGAAUUUAAGUGCAAUACAAAAGACCGGUUUCCUUUCAAAACAGUCUGAAUAUGGAGAGGGUUGUGUGUAGAUAUUUGUUUAUCGAGACACACUUCUUUGUGUUUGGCAAGUUUUGCCACUGUGAAUUUUCAUAGGGUCAGAUCCAGAAUUACCCAUGCUUUGAGCAGACCCAUUGAAACCAAUGGGACUCAAUUUAGUCACGAUUACCUUAUCAGUGGGUCUGCUUGAAGCAUGGCUACUUUAAAACUGGGUCCAACUCCUCUAUUUCCUGUUAGAUGAAUUGCUGAUGUCUUCAGCUAGAUCUUAGCAAUGAAAGUUGUGAAGGAACUUCAUAUCUCAUGGUUGUUAACACUGUCUCAUAAAUUAAUUUGUUUUUAAGAAAUAGUAUUUAAUUUGCUUUUACCUCUUUAAAAUGGAGCACACAGUUUUAUUUACAUGAAGGGAUCCUUUCUGAGUGCUAAAAUUGUUUAUAUGUAUAUCAUUGCACUUCUCCAUUGAUGACCUAAGAUGAUGUUACAUCCACCCUUUGAA